AUGAGACAAGGGGGAGAUGGCGCCGAAGAGGAGAUGGAAGAUGUGCACGAAAGCCAAGAAAACAGAGAAGGGAUGAUUUACGAUCCGGACCAGACGACGGAGGAGAAACGAAAGCUCAGAGCAAAAUAUCGACAGAUCUUGAACCACCAAGAAGAGCUUACAAAACAUCUUCCAGAGCAGCGCACGGACAUGGCCAAUAUUCGGAUCGGGGACUUGUUGGAUAGUCAGCGUAGAGCAGACGCGUAUUUCAAAGACGUCAAGGCACCGCAAGAGGCAACCCUCGAUUCAAAGGUCAUGCUUCAAAACGCAGAAAUGGGAGCAGCGAUGGCUCGUGCAAUGAAGCAUGAUGCAUCCUCCUUUGACGUGGACGAAUAUAUAGCCGAGCUUGUAUCCUAUAUGGGCGGCUCAGCAGGGGAUGAACGGGAGGAUGCCGACGAGCUCAUAGACGACACACAACAGCUCAACUGGAGGAAGAUUGGUACACGAGCGUACUUGUAUUCGCACAAGGCUCCUGCUAUGGAUUUUAUGCUCGGCCCAUUGGCAAUAGAAGCCAAAGAGCGAAAGAAGACGACCCGUGCACGAUUACAAAAGAAUAAGAGGGAUGAGGUACAACCACAGGAAUUGCGUCCAGAGGAUGUCCAGCGUUCGGAGAACGAAACGACUAAGAUGGUACGGCUUGUCAGCCAGAAGCUCCAUGAAGUUGACGAGAACGGCGUCAACUUUUUCGAGUUCGUGAUCGAUCCGGAGAGUUAUGCUCAGAGCAUCGAGAACAUCUUCUAUGUCAGUUUUCUUGUCCGAGACGGUCGUGCGGCCGUCUUUCCAAACGAGGAGACGGGCCUCCUCACUCUCUAUGCCAGCGAGGCGCCAACCGAGGAAGAACGGGGCGACGAACAGAAAAAGCAAACAGUCUUCAAAUUGACAGCAGACGUAUGGCGGGAAGCACGCGAUUUAUUCAAUCUGAAGAAAUCCAAAUACAUUCCCCACAGGACCCGCCCGGACGAUUUCGAUCAAGAGAUCAAGGACGACAGGUUCUUGGUAUGA